AUGAAUUACAAUAAUAAUAAUAAUGAUGGGAUUUUAAAUAAUGAAAAUAAUACUAAUUCCUUUUUGAGUAAUUAUGAAAAUAUAAGAGUUUCAAAACAUAGUUCCGCUGAAGAAAUAGCAGAAAAAUAUUUAAGAAAUAAGUUGAGUUAUGAAUAUAAAUAUAUAAAUAAAGGAGAUUAUAAAAAUAUAAAUAGUAAUGAUUAUUAUAAAAAAAAUAUUGAUAUAUCAGAUUAUAAAGAUUUAAAUAUAUCUAAUUAUGCAUGCAAUGAUGAAUUAAAUUAUUUAACUAAUAAAAACAAUUAUUCAAAUUAUGAUAAAAUAUGUAACUUAAAUUAUGACAACAAUAUAAAUAAGGUAUCCUCUAUUUCUGAUGUUGUAAAUAAUAGUAUUCAUGGAGGUUAUUCUAACUCAAAAAAUGAUGAAAAAAAGGUGUAUAAAAAUUUACUUUUAAAUCCUAAUAAUGUAUCUGAGUUAAUUUUUCCUUCUAAUUCUAUUAAUAAGGAUGAAUUGAAUAAUUUAAAUAAAUUUAAAAAAGAAAAAGAAGAUAAUUAUUUUAUGAAAAAUGAUUUUUUAAAAUUCGAAAAUAAUAAUAGGAACUAUAAAAAAUUGGGAAAUAAAGAAAAGAUUAAUGUAAGCAAUAUUGAUGAAUUGUUAGUUAAAUAUAAUAAUAAUAAUAAUAGUAAUAAUUCAUUAAAAUAUAAAUAUAAUAUAAAUAAUUCUUAUGUUCAGAAUGAAAAAGGAAGAAAGGAAAUAUAUGACAAAACUAUUUUUACAAAUUCUUUUAUAAAUAGAACAGAUAUUAGUAAUAAUGGUAUAAAUGAUCAUAAUAAUUAUUAUUAUAACAAUAGAAUUAAUAAAUACUAUUUAGACGAUGAAUUGUAUAAUAGUAAGAAAAAAAACUUAAUUAAAAGAAAUAAAGAUUAUGUUCACUAUUUAAGUAAAAGAAAUAGUAUAUUAAAAAGUGAAUUGGUAGUGAAAAAAGAUUUAAAAAAAAAAAAAAGUGUCCCUAUGAAUUCUGAUAAUACAUAUGGAAAAAAUAAAACUAAAACUAACAGAUAUAGUAAUAACUCAUUUUUUAGCUCUUUUUACAAAAAUGAGAAAAACAAAUAUAAUAAUGAAGUAGAAUUAUUUAAAAGUAUAAAUAUCUUUAAUAAUAAUAACAUUAAAAAUAAUAAUACGAUAAAUUAUGAAAAAAAGAAAUAUAACUUGAAUAAUACAAAUGUUUCGAAUUUUUAUCAUUCAGUUAAAAAACCAGUGAAUAUAGAUAAUAUAAAUAACGAUAUAUUUGACAUAAGUUUUUUGAAAUCAACAUAUUCAGAUUCAAGUAAAAUUAUUGAUUCUCCUUUAAAUUACGACAGUGUAAAUUUAAGUGCAUUAAGUACAAAUAUUAAAAAAAAUGAUGAAUCAUUAGUUAAUAAUUUAAACAUUUCUGCAUCUCAUUUAAAUAAAGAAAGUAUAAUUCAUUAUAACGAUUUGGGUAACAAAUGUAUAAUAGAUAAUUCAAUAUACAGUGAGAAUAGUUUAGAAAAAAAUGAAGGUAUAUUAUCAAGUAAUAUUAACUUUGUAAAUUUUUUGAAUUCUAACAAUAAUAUGAAAAAAAAUGUAGAUAAUAAUACAUUUUUAAAUAAGUCUACUUUUUUGACAAAAAAUAAUGAAACAAUAAAAAAAAGUAAUCCUUUUGUUAUAGAACCAGAAUUUUCAUUAAAUUACUUUCAGAAUAAAAAUAACAUAAGUGAUCUAUAUAUAGAAAAUGAGAAAUUAAAAAAUUUAAAUGAUACAUCGAGGUAUAUAAAUCAAAAAGAAAAAAAAAGCUAUUACUCUUGUGAUUUAACUAAAAAUAACUUAACAAAUAAAAAAAAUAACUACUUAAACAAUACAAAUCUUAUAAAUAUAAAUAAAAUUAGUACAAAUAUUAAUGUAUGUAAUAAAAUUAAAGAAGUAAAUAAUGAAUAUAUGAAUUCUAACAUAAAGAAUAAUAUUAGUAAUAGCACAUAUGAAAACAAAAAAAAUAAUUUUCUUAUUGAUAGUAAUUUGAUAUGUAAAGAUGGAAAUAAAAAUAAAAAAGAUAAUAAUCAUAAUUUAAAGGUAUAUAUGGAUGAUGUGAAUAAUGUAGAACAAAAAAAUAACGUUUUCGUUGAUAAUAUAAAUAAUAGUAGAUUAAAUUCUUUAUAUUUUACUAAAAAUAAACUAACCAAUAUAUUUAAUGAUAAUAUAAAAAAAAGUCAUUUAUUAAAUAAUUUUAAUAAUAAUAAUAAUAAUAGUAAUAUAUAUGCAUUAAACAGAAAAAAAGGAUAUGUGGGUAAUAAUAAUAAACAAAUUGAACAAAACAGACUAAAAAUAUAUAAUAAUACUGCAACAACAACUACUACUACUGCUACAACUAAUACUACUAAUAGUAAUAUUAAUAAUACUACUACUACUACUACUACUUCAAUUAAUAAUACUACUACUACUUCUAAUAAUAAUAAUAAUAAUAAUAAUAUUAUUCAUGUUAAUAAUUAUCCAAAAAAAACAAGUAAAGAAAAAAAUAAUUUAGAUGAGUUGAAUAAUAUAAAUAAUUAUCAAGAUUAUUGCAAAUAUAUUAGUGAUUCAAUUAACUGUAUACCAAUAAAUAUUAAAAAUAUGAAUAUUUUAUUAGCGUUAGCUUUGUAUUUUCUAAAUUUUAAUAUAAACAAUAAUUCUACAAAAAAUGAAUUUUCAGAUGUAAUAUUAAUAAAUCUUUUAAAUAAAUUUUUAUAUUGUUUGAAUUUAAAAACAUGUUUAUUAAAAGAAAACAAAAUAAAUUAUAAUGAAAAUAAAUAUUACUAUAUACAAAUUAAACUGAAUGAUAAUUCUAGUAAUAAUACAUUAACUGAUGAAAAAAAGAAUGAAUAUAAACAUGGAGAAGAAAAAGAUAUAAAAAAUGAAGAGAACAAAAAUAAUAUAGAAAAUAAUUCAGUGAAAACGGAAUAUAAUAUUAACUUUUUUACUUUUUAUAAUAAAAGAAUAGUUAAAAAUAAAAAUGAAGAAAUAGAAAGUGUAUCAACUAAGUGUGUCAAUAAUAAAAAUGACAAUAUUACUUACAAACAUAAUGAUAAUGAUAGAAAAAAAUGUUUUUAUUUAGAUGAAAAUAUGAAAAUAAUUAGUUUAAUAGAUAUAUAUAAAAUAGCAUGGAGUUUAUGUGUGUUAAAAAAAAAUAUUUUGUAUAUUGAUUUAUUAAGGAUAUUGUAUAAAGAAGUAGAACAUAUGGAUAUAGAAAAUGAAUUAAUUUUUUGUAUUACUUAUAUCUUUAAGUAUUGUAAUAUAAUUGAAAUAGAAAAAUGCAAAACAUAUUUGAAUAAUAAUAUGAUAAUUAAUAUAGAAAAUAACAAUAAUGAAAAUUUAUGCAUGUAUUUACAUUUGUUACAUAUAUGCUCUUUACAUGAUGAAAAAUAUACAAAUAAUGAUCAUAAAAAAAAUAUUGAUAAAAUUAUUAAUUAUUUUUGUAAUCAAGUAGAAAAUUUAAAUUUAUAUAUGUGCACAAAUAUAUUAUGCGUUCUAGCAAAUUUAAAUAUAAAAAAUAAUGAUUAUCCAUAUUUUUUUAAUAAAAUGAUGAAUUAUUUCAGAAAUAAUAUUAAAAAAUUAAAUAAAAGUGUGUUGCUUGUUAAUAUUAUGUGGUCUUUAUGCAUUUGUGAAGUAAUAUGUACAGAAUUUUUAAAAGAUAUAAGUGAGUAUAUUAUAAAUAUUUUGCAUUUUAUUCCUUUAUACGAAUUUAUAACUAUUUCAUGUAGUUUUAGUUGUCAGAAAAUUUUAAUCAUAAAAAAUUAUUUUGAAAAUUUAAAGAAGACAAAAGAUGUAAAACAAGAACAAAAAAAUAUGAUAAAUAUUUCAAAAGAAUCCUUAGAUGAAUAUAAAAAUUAUGAAUUACUAAUUAAUGAAUACUAUAAAAAAAAAAAAAUUUUUCCAUAUUAUUUUUAUAGAAAACCAAUAUGCCAAUCAAUAAUUUUUAAAAUUUUAGCUUAUAAUUUUUUGCAAUAUGAGCAAAAUCAUGUAAUUAAUAAUAAUAAAAUUAAUAAAAAUUACUUUUACGAUUACAAAAAUACAAUUAACAAUAAUAAUAAUGAAGCUUUACUUGAUUUAAAUAACACAAUUAAAAAAACAAAUAGAAGCUUCAGUGUAGAAAAUAAUAAAGAUAGUAUAAAAAAAGAAAAAGAAGGAAAUUCUGCAAAUUCUAGAUUUAACAGUUCUAAUAUAUAUAGAAAUAUAAAAAAAAAUAAUACUAAUUCUGAAGAAUCAUUUUCCUUUUCUUCAUCUUCUUCUUUUUAUAAAAAUAAUGAUAAAUUUCAUGAUAAUAAAAGUGAAUAUAUAAUAAAUAGCUGUAAUGAAGAAAAAAAAAAUAAUAAUAAUAGUAGUAGUAAUAAUGGUAGUAAAUUAGACAAUAUUAAUAGUAAUCUAUUGUGUCCUAUAGAUAAUUCUGAUAAUAUUAUAGUUAAUAAUUUAAAAAAUAACAUAAAUAAAAAUAAAUAUUUUAAAAAACAUAAUGAAAAAAAAAAAAUAAAAGAGUAUUAUAACAUUUAUGAUAAUAAUAAUAAUUAUGAGUACCAUUUAAAUUCUUGUGAACGUAUUUUAUUUGCAAAUUUAAUUGAAGAUUGUUGUAACAACUUUGAAGAAUUGAAUUCUGUUAAUCUUAUUGAACUUUUAUAUACCUUAUGUAUAUUAAAUUUAGACAAAAGUAAAAUCGUUAAAUUAGUAGAGAAAAAAAUAGAUUAUAGUACUUUUAAUGAUAACUAUGAAAAGUUACAAAAAAAACAGAAAUAUUUACAUAAAAGAUCAGAUAAAGAAGUGAUAAAUGAAAGGAAUGAUUUAAUUAUUUUAAAUUAUAUCUAUAGGAAAUUCACAGAAGAACAUAUAGCUAACAACAAUGAUAAUGAUUAUAAUUUUUCCUUAAUAGCGGAUAAUAUACAUUUUUGUAAAUAUAUAAAUGAUGAUAUAUUUUUAAAUAUUAUUAAAGGAAAUAAAGAAAGUAUAAAUAAAAGUACUUUUUAUAAGUUAAAAAAUAUUUUAAAUGUUGCAACGUAUAAAGAAAAAGAUUUAGACAAGAAAAAAAACAUAAAAGAAAGUGUUUCUUAUUCUUCUGUAGAGAAUGAUAUUGUAAAACAAUUAAAAGGAAAAGAAAAAGAAGAAAAUGUGAGAAGUAGUGAAGAGUUUCAAAUAAAUAACCAAAAUAAACAAACAGAUACAAUACAAAAUAAUAUUAAAAAUAAAACAGAUCAGAAUAAUAAUUUCAUUUUAAAUGAAGAAAAAGAUGGAACUCAUAAUUAUAAAAAUCAUCAUAACGUUUCUUACAUAGAUGAAAUAACAAAUGAUAAUAACUAUGAUAAUAUUACAGAUAAUUAUUAUAAUAACAAAAAUAUACAAAUUUAUAAUAAUGUUACAAUUAACAAGGAAAAGGAAGUAUGUAAUAAUAUGGUUAUGUAUAAUAAUGAAAAUAUUUCAGUAGAACAUUAUGAAAAGAAAGAUGAGAAAAAUCAUAUUAUAAAUAAUUCAAAUGAGUUGUAUUUAAAUAAUGAAAAAAAAAAUAACUUAUAUAUUGCUAACAACGAAUUGAAAAAUUAUGAUGAAUGUAUUGAAAAAGAAAGUGAUGAUACAUCACGACAAUUAAAUGAAUUGAAAAAGGAUUUAAAAAAUACUUAUGAUGUUGCAAUUGCAUAUUACAAUAAUAAAACAAAAUAUAAUAUGAUAAAUAAUAAUAAAGACAACACAUAUAGGGGAGGUGAGGAAAAUGAAGACAUUAUUAAUUCUGAAAUAUACAAUCAUAUAAUUACAAAAAGAAAUAUCAAAAAAAUAUUAGAUAACCAUAAGCAAAAUCAAAUUUUAGAAGAAAAAAUUUUAAAAAAGAAUUCUAAAGAAAAAAAUGACUUCGAAAAAUGUAGAAAAAACAAUAAUUUUAAUUUUUAUAAAUUAUUUAUAUUAGUAUUAGAAUUUUCCAUAUGUUCAUUGAAAAAAAUUAACUUUUUUGUUUAA